AAUCUCUCUUCCAUUCCUUUUUCAACCUGCUUGCAAGUGCAACUUUUUGAUAAGGAAAUAGAUGUCUCUCUCUCUUUCUAUACUGAUGAAUGUUCCCCACCCUCCUACACUCGCAUACAUUUUCCUUCGCUUUUCAGUCUCGACUUUUAACCAUCAGUCGACCAAUAAUGCAAGUGUGACCAAUAACUUUUCAGAACCAUUGUAGUUAUUGUUUUUAAACUUUUGUUCGUUGAUUCAAAUUAAUUACGCGCAAGUACAUGUUUAUGAGUAUCCAUUAACAUCAUCUAAUUCCUCUCCGCCACCUGAGCCAAAAAAGUAAUAUGGAUUCUAAUGACACGCCGAAAAAGGCAGUAUUUGGCGUAGAUAUAGGUGGCACUUGUGCUCGUGUUGCGUUGGUGCGACCUAAAGAAAAUGAUGAGAGCGAUUUCGAACUGACAGUUGUCAAAGAUAUUCCAUCAGUUGUUUCAUUUCUGAAAGAUGGUAAAUGUCUGGUUGGCUGGGCUGCUGAAAAAAGAACAGUUGCAAGUUCUUCGAAUACGUUCUACGCGACUAAACGAUUGAUAGGCAGACGCUACGAUGAUUCUCUAGUUCAAGAUACCAUGAAUCACGUCCAUUAUAAAAUCAUUGAACACUCCGACGGAAAUGCCUGCUUCGUCAGCAUGAACGGAAACCGAGUAUUGACUACGACGCAAAUAGAAGCUCUAAUUUUAUUAAAACUGAAAGAAUUUUGCGAAAAGAAAUCAAAUACCAUUCCUCUGGAAAAUAUCGUGCUCACUGUUCCACCAUAUUUCAACGAUAAUCAAACACAAGUUAUCAAAGAAGCAGCCUCAAUGGCUGGAUUGAAUGUGCUGGCUGUACUAAAUACUCCUAUUGCUGCCGUCCUUGCUUAUUCUACAACUCAUGAAACUUCGCAUGGCAGUAAAACUGUGGUUGUUUACGAUUUUGGUGGCAGUAGCUUUUACGUAACCGUUUUAAAAAUCAAUAGCGAAGAUAGCAAAUUUGAAGUGAUGUCGACGGUGGGAGAUCUAUUUCUAGGAGGCGAAGAUUUUGAUGACAAGUUAGUCGAUUAUUUGGCCACCGAAUUGAAACGUAAAACUGGUGUCGAUGCUACGUUAUGUCCGAACUCCAUGCAGCAUCUCAAAUUGUCAGCUAAAAACGCUAAACUGGAUUUAUCCUAUCGUACCGAAGUCGACGUGAAUUUUUUGGGUUCAUAUAUGGAUUCAACCACACAAACUUCGCACUUUAAACGUAUAACCAUAAAGGUGACCAGAGAUAAAUUCGAAGAAUUGGUCGCAGACUUGAUCGGCAAAACCCGUAGUCUGUGCCAAAAAGCGUUAGAAGACGCCAAAAUAUCCGUGUCAGAUAUCGAUGAAGUUUUAGCAGUUGGUGGUACAAGCAGAAUACCAAAGGUACAAGUCACUGUUGAAGAAUUUUUUGGUAAAGCGCCCACUGGAAGUGGAAGAAUGGACUUCCAUCGUGCCCACGCCGUUGUAGCCGGGGCAGCCUUUCGAGGCCACGUUUUAACAUCAGAAAUUUCCAACGAACAACAACCUGCACCUGCUCCGUCAAUCAGUAUUCCAAAACUUGUGAAGGAGGAUGAUUUUUUCGAUUUUAAUAUAUCGGAUGAUCUUGAUAAAAAGAGAGGAGGGAUUCUAAACAAUUUAAUAGACUCGGAGUAUUUUGACAUGUAUACGACGGAACACGCGGAUUCAAUUGUUUAUAAAUCGUGUAGGCCCACUCCAGGAAACCCUCCUGAUGAUAAAGAUAUUUUUUAUAUUACAGCUUACGAGAAGGUGAUGGAUGCAAUAAGAGAAACGGGAUGUGACGAAUUACCCCAAGAAAUAGAAGACGAGAUUAAUUUCAUAAAACAGAAAAAAGAAGAAUUCGUGGAAAAAGAAUUAGCCCGUAGGAUGUUACCAGAUCCAGACAUGACUAAAUCGUUGUUAAAAUGGAAACGUAAAAUGUGUCCUUAGUAUAGAUACUGAAAAUCCGCUAUGAUUGUUGUUUUUUGGAGGAGAUUUUGGAAAACAUUUUUAAAAUCCAUUAUAUUUUGAAUGAUUUUGUUUCCGAGCGUUGUUAUUGUUGCUCAGAAUUUCAGCUUAGGACAUUCGGCGAAUACAAUUAUUUAAUCAACGGUUUUAUUGUGUAAUUUGGCUAUAAUUUGGUGAAUAACAUUUAUGUAGGUAUAAUUAUUUCUGUGUGCAUUAUUUUUAAUUUUAAUUUAUAAUCUUUUUCAUUUCCUCGCCUCUUUCUUAAAAUAAAACCGAUUUUAUCCUAUA